CGGUCGCCCCGGGCCCGGAGGCCUGGGAAGACUAUCGGAAAGGGAGGUGGGGAGAGGGUGCUGCCCCCGGCCGACGUCCUUCCCCUGGAGUCGCCGACCCUUGGCGCAGCCAAUUGGCUCAGCGACAUGGCGGCCGCCGCUUCCCUGAGGGCUCUGCGGCACUCUUCUGCCUGGUGACCGACGCUCUGGGAAUCAAGUUUAUGACGUAAUCGCUCCAGCGGACCAAUAGAAGAUGCUCCCGCGGAGAGGCGUUCCUUCCCCUUCGCCUGGACUUCUUCCCGGGCGUGCGCGCGCGCCGGGGGUGGGGGAAGUCUCAAGCGCGGUGGCGCGCAUGAGCGGCGAAGCUCCGCCCCUCCGCCUAUAUAUAAAGGGCUGGCGCGGGGCUCAGCGGCGCCAUUUCGCGCUGGAGUGGAGCAACCUCUAGAACGGGCUGGAGGAUUCUGCCUACCGAUACAGAGCUUUCGAGUCGUCGGGGCCCGCCAUUGCAAUCCACGUCCAUCCGCUUGGAAAUGGCCUUCGUCUCGGCCUAUGACCGUUCCCGGCGGACAGUACAGACCCCAUAGAAGCCCCCGAAGCUCCCCUUUUUCGGGCCCCGCCCAAUCCUCGGAAUCUGUCCACCCCCUCUACUCCGCCCUCAAGAGGAUUUCAAAGAUGGAGGCGGCGGCUCCUUAAACCACUUUCCGUGUUCAUCCGCCUCCAUCGAGAUUGAAACGGGACUUCGUCCGCCCCGGACGGUCCCCGCAGGAAGAGGGGAUUCUUGCAGAUGAACAGCGGGCAAUAUUGACGACGUUGUCUGGGAUCGGGGGCCUUCCUAGGGUUGGAAGAGUCCCCUCGCUCGCCCGCCUCUGCUGAGGCCGCCGCCAUUUUCUCGCUGUCCGCCUCCUGCGGAGCGCGCCAAGCUGCCGGGAGCUUUCGGUGAAACAGCGGAGGAGACUUUCUUUCCUGCCCGGUGGGGGGGGGUUGUCGCCUGGAAGGCAAGGGCAGCGGCCCCCCCUACUUCCCGGGUUAUGCUGGACCGGGCGGCGAGGGGAACCGAGGCCACCCGGACUUGCCGCGGCUGAGUGCAGCGCCGGUUCCCCGCGGUCAAGAUGCUGCAAAACGUAACUCCCCACAAGCUCCCUGGGGAGGGGAAUGCAGGGUUACUGGGGCUGGGCCCAGAAGCUGCAGCGCCUGGGAAAAGGAUUCGAAAGCCCUCCCUGUUGUAUGAGGGAUUCGAAAGCCCCACAAUGGCUUCAGUGCCAGCUUUACAACUGACCCCUGCCAACCCACCACCCCCGGAGGUAUCCAAUCCCAAAAAGCCAGGACGGGUUACCAACCAGCUGCAGUACCUGCACAAGGUGGUGAUGAAGGCUCUGUGGAAACAUCAGUUUGCAUGGCCCUUCCGGCAGCCUGUGGAUGCUGUCAAACUGGGUCUGCCGGAUUACCACAAAAUUAUAAAGCAGCCGAUGGACAUGGGUACUAUUAAGAGGAGACUUGAAAACAACUAUUAUUGGGCUGCUUCAGAGUGUAUGCAGGAUUUUAAUACCAUGUUCACCAACUGUUACAUCUACAACAAACCCACUGAUGAUAUUGUCCUGAUGGCACAAACGCUGGAAAAGAUCUUCCUACAGAAAGUGGCAUCAAUGCCACAAGAGGAACAAGAGCUUGUGGUGACCAUCCCUAAGAACAGCCACAAGAAGGGGGCCAAGUUGGCAGCACUCCAGGGCAGUAUCACCAGUGCCCACCAGGUGCCUGCUAUCUCUUCUGUAUCUCACACAGCCUUGUAUACUCCACCUCCCGAGAUACCUACCACUGUCCUCAACAUUCCCCACUCAUCGGUCAUCUCUUCUCCCCUUCUCAAGUCCUUGCACUCCGCCGGACCCCCGCUCCUGGCUGUCUCUGCAGCUCCCCCAGCCCAGCCCCUUGCCAAGAAAAAGGGGGUAAAGCGGAAAGCAGAUACUACUACCCCAACACCUACAGCCAUCCUGGCUCCUGGUUCCCCAGCUAGCCCCCCCGGGGGUCUUGAGCCGAAGGCAGCACGGCUUCCCCCUAUGCGCAGAGAGAGUGGCCGCCCCAUCAAGCCCCCACGCAAAGACUUACCUGACUCUCAGCAACAACACCAGAGCUCCAAGAAAGGAAAGCUAUCAGAACAGUUGAAACAUUGCAAUGGAAUUUUGAAGGAGUUACUCUCUAAGAAGCAUGCUGCCUAUGCCUGGCCUUUCUAUAAACCAGUGGAUGCUUCUGCUCUGGGCCUGCAUGAUUACCAUGACAUCAUUAAACACCCCAUGGACCUCAGCACUGUAAAGCGGAAGAUGGAGAAUCGGGAUUACCGGGAUGCCCAGGAGUUUGCUGCUGAUGUGCGGCUUAUGUUCUCCAACUGCUAUAAGUACAAUCCCCCAGACCACGAUGUUGUGGCCAUGGCACGAAAGCUACAGGACGUAUUUGAGUUCCGUUAUGCCAAGAUGCCAGAUGAACCACUGGAGCCAGGGCCUCUGCCAAUCUCUACUGCCUUGCCUGCCGGCCUGGCCAAAUCAUCUUCAGAGUCCUCUAGUGAGGAGAGUAGCAGUGAGAGCUCUUCCGAGGAGGAGGAGGAGGAAGAGGAAGAAGAGAGUGAAAGCUCUGACUCUGAGGAAGAACGGGCUCAUCGCCUGGCUGAGCUGCAGGAACAGCUUCGGGCAGUACAUGAACAACUGGCUGCCCUGUCCCAAGGCCCAAUAUCCAAGCCCAAGCGGAAGAGAGAGAAAAAAGAGAAGAAGAAGAAACGGAAGGCAGAGAAGCAUCGAGGCCGAGCUGGGGUAGAUGAAGAUGACAGGGGGUCUCGGGCACCCCGCCUCUCUCAGCCCAAGAAGUCCAAGAAAGCAAGUGGCAGUGGGGUUGGCAGUGCUGCUACACUAGGUCCCCCUGGCUUUGGACCUUCUGGAGGAAGUGGCACCAAACUACCCAAAAAGGCCACAAAGACAGCCCCACCAACCCUGCCUACAGGCUACGAUUCAGAGGAGGAAGAGGAAAGUCGGCCCAUGAGUUACGAUGAGAAGCGUCAGUUGAGCCUGGACAUCAAUAAAUUACCUGGGGAGAAGCUGGGUCGAGUUGUGCACAUAAUCCAAGCCAGGGAGCCCUCCUUACGUGACUCAAAUCCAGAAGAGAUUGAGAUUGAUUUUGAAACUCUCAAGCCAUCCACACUUCGAGAGCUUGAGCGCUACGUCCUUUCCUGCCUUAGAAAGAAACCGCGGAAGCCCUACACCAUUAAAAAACCUGUGGGAAAGACAAAGGAGGAACUGGCUUUGGAGAAGAAGCGGGAACUAGAAAAGCGGUUACAAGAUGUUAGUGGGCAGCUCAAUUCCACCAAAAAGCCCCCCAAGAAAGCGAGUGAGAAAACAGAGUCGUCAUCUGCUCAGCAAGUAGCGGUGUCACGCCUCAGCGCUUCCAGCUCCAGCUCAGACUCCAGCUCCUCCUCUUCAUCGUCAUCCUCUUCAGACACCAGUGAUUCGGACUCAGGCUAAGGGCCCGGCCAGAUGGGGCAGGAGGCUCCGCAGGACCGGACCCUUAGACCACCCUGCCCCAUCCCUUCCCCCCGUGCUGUGACACUUCCUCAUCUCACCCACUCCCCCCACUGUAGGAGAGCUGGCUCUGCAGGGGGGAGGGAUGUGGGGACAUUUGCCGAAGGAGGGACAUAAUGGACAAAAUAUGGUUGUGUUCCCAGCCCCAUUGAAAGUGACCUCUUGGGCAGGGUCCCCAUUCAAAAUGAUUGGGACCGGACGGUGGGAGUGGGCAAAGACCCAGUAGGGGUUGCCUGAGGCCAUAAGCGGCCCUGUUCACUUGCAAAGGCCCAGUUGUGAGGUUGGUUGUUCUAAUUUAUUUAAGCUAGGUAAGGCUGAGGCGUGUGGGGCCAUGGUCCCUUUGGCCUCCGUGGGGAAGGGAGAAGGGGGAGCUCAUUUUUUACGUUGACAUUUUUCUACUCUGUUUUCCCUUUUUCUUCUGCUCCAUUUGGGGCCCUUGGGGUUUCUAUCAUCUCCCCAUUUGGUCCCCUGGAUUGUCUUUGUCUGUUGAUUCUAACUUGUAAAUAAAGAAAGUAUUAUUCAA